AUGGCGAAGGAGAAUUGUGCAGGACUUUGUCCUGCAUACUUUGAUGAACUUGUGGGACCAACGCGGGUCAGGUACAAAGAAAAAAUCGUCCUAUGUGACGGCGUGGAUCCAUAUCAGCUACCAGUUGGUGCGCAAGCCGCUGUUAAUGCAAGCCUGCUACCACCGGUUACUCAUGUUGACAUUAUAAAUUAUCUCGUGUUGUCAACAAGUUAUGCUUCAUUAGAUCAGAUGAAGGCUUACAAGUCGCUCGACUCGCACAACUACUUUACCAGCGGAUGGGUCCGGAACCUCAUUGCCAAGAAGUUACCGUCUAAGCGAGUUGUCUUGCUUAGCCAGGUAAAGCAUUCUCAGCGUUUGCGGGAGGCAUCGCUGAAAGUUUGGCUUUUGGCAAAUAAGGAUGGCAGUAUCAUUACUGCACGCUGUACUUGUACGGCUGGUGCAGGAGAGGCUUGCUCUCACGUGGGAGCGACUCUCUUUGCUGUGGAAACAGCAAUGGGGAUCAGGGACUCAGCUACUUGCACAGACAAGAGCAAUGUGUGGCUCCCUGCACACAGCCCUAUGACGGAGUUCAAACGGCUGCAGGACAUUGAUUUUUCGUCAUGUAAGGCCAAGAAAAAAAAAAGAAUGGACACCAUCCACAUCCAUUCUCCAGACACCCGUCAGCCAUCCCGACCAGUGCCACAAGUUAUUGGUCCAACGCCAGAUGAACUCGAACGGAGGUUGCCGCUGGGCAACCUCCUGACCGGUCACGCUCGUGCGGAUAUUUUUGACCAGUGCGGCGACUACCUGCCCGCGACUGUUCCCGGCCAGUACUGUUCCUGGUCGUCUGAUCUCUUGCCGUUCCUGAACGUUCGAGACGCCACCACCGCUCACCCCGCACCUCGGCAAGUCGACACGCUACAUCUUGCUCAGCGACCAAGCCGUCUCAUCACUGUCUACUUCUGCUGA